AUGCCUCGAACCAGACGAGCGCGUGGUGCGCCCGCACAAUCUGCGAAGACUCAUGCACGAUCGCCCUCACCCGAUACGCAAGAUGCCAACGAUAAUCAACUUCCACAGCAAGCCAAGUCCCCCGAGAGAGGUCGCAGACGAACAACACGAUCUUCAGGUGCUCGCGUCAGCACUGCCAACGAACAAGACGUUCUUGCUGCGAACCGACGACGCGACGCGGCGCUUGACAAGCUAGGCAGAGAGGAGCCUACUUCCACAACCAGUCGUACUGCCGAAGAUGCCGGCUCUGGUAGCUCAGUUGAAGGUGGGCGACGAACGGCAGCUACGCCAACACAUCGGAGGGAUACAAGCGGGCUUGACUUGGCGGAUAGCGUUUUUCUUGAUCUUGACGAAAGCUUUGGACUCGGCGAUGAUAGCACGCACAUAGGACUUCGUUCAAACGACAAUUCAUCUCUCAACAUGAGCACUUUGGGACGCCGAUCGCGCCAGUCCAGUAUCAUUGGGCGAAAUGAUCCUCCUAUCAGACCCAGCAGCCGCGGCGGCAACACACCUAGUAUCAGCUCUACACUUCACUUUGGUGCUUUCAAGCGACGAGCUCGAGAACCAAGUAUCCUAGGAACCGCUCGAAAGCCGCGACCAGAAGAAACUGCCGCGGGGCAGGAGCCAGAGUCGGAGAGCGAGGACGAUUUCGCGCCUGAAGCGGAAUCUACGCCUGUUAACAAUCGACGAAGGACACAACCUGAGGCCGAGUUGGAAAUAGAAGUUCCAGUCUCUCCAGAUGUCACCACAGGAUCAAAACAUAGGAAAAGAAAGAGCGAGGAUGCGCUUCCAAGCAGCGAACGGCCAGAGAAGAUUUCGCGGAUUGAAAGAGAGGAGGAUCAGGCAUCUGAUGAAGCGGGCCCUGCGCCCGAGAUUAUCGAGUCGGAUGGCGAUAGCGACUCCUCGCUAUCGGAUCUUGGAUCUCCUCUCGGCCCUUCGCCCGUCCUUCCUGAACGACCUGUUACACCAAUCAACAACGAUGAGCUCAUGGCCCUACCGGCCAGUAGUGAUUCCGAAGACGCGAAUUGGCCUGAUAUCCAUACCUUGGCCAAGAGACGGCGAAGACCCUCAGUCAUAACUCCAGUUCGCACCGAUAACUUCUCCGACGUUUCUUCACCUCCAUCCCUCACACACUCUCCUAAUUUUGCUGAGGCGCAAAAGUCUCGAGGGCGAGCCACAACCCGGCGUCAACAGCCUCCGCCUAAAGUCACAACUGCGGAUUUAACAAGCCUGCUUCCAAAACGCCACUAUAAGAAACAGCGAGCUUCGGGACCGGAGAGUGACGAAGAGCACGAUACAUCUGGAAUUGGCGAGGAUGAGGACGAGCUUUCAUAUAUUGACGGACGAGAUUCACGUCGAAGACGUGGGGGGCGAUCGACUAGUCGCGGAGGCGCAAAACGUCCAGGUUCAAGAGGCGGGCGCACAACGCAGGCUCUGAAGCCCAAACAAACUGGUUCUGGCAAGCAAGCAGCGCGCAAUGCACAAACCUACUCACGCCGCUCAUCGGACAAAGAGAAUGAGAAGGAAGGAGGCAGCGAUGACGAGGAUCAGCACGAGAAUAGCCGCUUCCAGCCAUUACCUGAUGACACUUUUGGGGACGGGAGCGCUGAGAAUUCAAGCACACCGUCUGCAGACGAGCUCCGACAGGCAGCCAAGAAGUUUAAAGAAGUCGAUAGGUGGGAACUCGACUUUGAAGAGGUUACGCAGAGCUCUUCUCCACUCGCGCGAUGA